AUGUCGAUUCCCAACGAAGCUCUUCAAAAGGUGUGUCUCAGGCUGGAUAAAUCCCUGUUUUUGGGUCGGACACUGCGAGCAGAUAGCCAGGGAAAGUGGUGUGCCAAGUCAAUUCGGUCUCACUCGGCCUCUUGUCUCUCUCUGCUCCUCCAGGAGAUUGAGACCCGUGCGGUCGCCUCGCAGCAGCAGAUCAGUAUCACCAAGGCUCAUAUGACGGCCAAGCAGCGCGAUAUCCGCAUGCUGCAGCUUACAUCGAAGGAGUUGUCUGAGUUGCCUUCCGAGACGAGGGCUUACGAGGGCGUUGGAAAAAUGUUCGUCAACGUUCCCGUCGACACAGUCAACAAGCGCCUUACGCGCGAGAGCGGCGAAGCCACCGCUGAGAUCGCCAACCUCGAGAAAAAGCUGCAAUAUCACGAGAUGACGAACCAAAAAAGUCGGGAGAACCUGGAGCAGAUUCUCAAGUCUGGUGGGAGGGCGUGA